CCACCUCGCUUUGCCCCACUCCACACCAUAUACAUACACCCCAACUCCCUCCCACUUCCUUCAUCGCUUCCCCGUUUCCUCUUUCUCCCACAUAAUCAGUUGAAGGGCUCUGGAAUUUCUUCAUAACAUUUCAAGAAACCAAGCGAGAAUGGCCAGAAAUCUGCUGGUGUUGUUCGCUGUCUGCGUUCUUCCCGCCAUCGUCAGCGCCCAUUUUGUGCGCGACCCGUUUCAUGUGACGGGCUCUGUCUACUGCGACACCUGCCGAUGCGGCUACGAGACCGACGCCACCACGUAUAUUGCCGGUGCUACUGUUAGAAUCGAGUGCAGAAACAAGGACAAUGGUCAACUUACCUACACAAAAGAGGCCGUGACUGACUCGACCGGGCACUACAGCGUCCUGGUGGAGACCGACCGUGGUGACGACUUCUGUGAUGCUGUACUCGUGAAGAGUGCCGACCCCGAAUGCAGCACGCCGAACGAGGGCCGUGACCGUGCCCGUGUCAUCCUCACCCGCAACAACGGCAUGAUCAGCAACAAACGGUUUGCCAAUGCCAUGGGAUUCCUCAAGAACACGCCCUUGGCCAACUGCCCCAUGAUCCUCCAGAAGUACCAGGAACCCGAGGAAUGAAGCGCAAACUAUUAAUUAGUCCUUUUUUGGAUCGUCAUAGGAUCUCCUAUCUUAUAUUGGUGUGUUAGCGCAUCACAGUCUUCUUUCUUACAUUUUUCUGGAUGGUUACGUUGUGUAACACGUUCUUUAUGUAUGUGGUCACUUGAUCGUGGCUUCCCGAAUCAGAUUGUUACGACAAAUCCUCGCUGUUGUUCCUAAUAGUAACUUUAGCAUGUUUGAAAUGUUGCCCGUA